AUGCAGCCCACGUCAGCAUCGGGGGGACCGCAUUCCGCCAACCGGGCCACCGCGGGAACAGCGGCUCCGCCUCCCGCGCAUGGGGCCUCCCCCAUGGGCGCAGGCGGCGGAGAUCAUGCGCAAGCCGCCGGUGGCGGGGUGAUUGCCGUGGGAGGCGCAGCGGAAGCGGGAUCGGCGGCGGGAGUCGCGGAACUCUCUAAAGCCGCGGCGCGGCGAUUGGUGGACCUGCGGUCCGACACGGUGACCAAACCGACCAACGCGAUGCGGGAAGCGAUGAAGAACGCUGACGUGGACGAUGACGUCAUCGGGAUAGAUCCGACGGUGGACAGGCUUCAGAGGCAGGUGGCGACGAUGAUGGGGAAGGAGGCGGGGCUGUUCGUGCCGUCCGGGACCAUGGGGAACCUCAUCUGCGUUCUCGUGCAUUGUGAGGUGCGGGGCAGUGAGGUUAUCUUGGGAGCAGACUCGCACAUCAGUGUAUAUGAGCAGGGGGGAGUGGCCACACUUGGCAGUGUGCAUCCGCGCACGGUGGUGAACAAGGCGGACGGCACCAUGGACCUCAAGAAGGUGGAGCUGGCGAUUCGGAAGGACGAUGAGCAUUACCCGGUUACCAGAUGCAUCUGCCUCGAGAACACCCACAACAGGUGCGGUGGGCGCGCCAUAACAGUGGACUAUACAGAGCGACUGGCAGAGCUGGCAUCGUGGUAUGGACUCAAGUUUCACAUCGAUGGAGCGAGAAUAUUCAACGCCGCUGUUGCUCUCCGGGUGCCAGUGGACCGCCUAGUCCGCCCGGCUCACAGUGUUUCUGUGUGUCUAUCCAAAGGCCUGGGAGCGCCAGCAGGGAGUGUGAUUGUGGGAUCCGUGGAGUUCAUAGCCAAGGCCCGUCGCCUGCGGAAGGCACUGGGCGGCAGCAUGAGGCAGGUGGGCGUGCUGGCAGCAGCGGGGCUGGUGGCCCUUCAGGAGUCGGUGCCUCGCCUGAUCAGAGACCACCAACGCGCCAUGCAGCUCGCAGAGGGGUUGGAUACAUUGGAUGGGUUGGCAGUGGAUGUGAGCACAGUGGACACCAACAUUGUGACCAUGGACGUGAAGGCCGAUUGCCCCAUCGGAGCCGAGGAGCUCUGCAAUGCUCUGCGGCAGGCUGGCGUUCUCACCACCCUGCGCAGCAACAACAAGAUAAGAAUGGUCACACAUUAUCACAUCUCAGCAGAAGACAUACGAUACACUCUCGCAUGCACACAGCAAAUUUUGCUUAAGUCAUCCCUUGAGGAGGAAGACUCCACUCUGAACCACGGAACGACGUGCGCGUCGAACUACGUGGUGUAUUCUAGCGAGGCGAGCGCGUAUUUGGCAGAUCUGAUCGCGCAGCAGCUUAGCGUCGAACGCGGGACGGUGAUCCGGAAACAGUUCAAAGGAGGCGAAAAGUACCUACGCGUUCUGAUGGACGAAAAAUACCAGCUGGUGGGUCAGGACGUCAUAUUCGUGGCAGCCACACACACGGACGACGACCUGCUGGAGCUCGUCCGCCUGGGCUGCGCCUUCGCUGCCUAUGGCAGCCGCCGCCGCAUCUUCGUCAUCCCCUUCCUCGGUUAUAGCACCAUGGAGAGGCAGGUGCUACCGGGGGAGGUGAUAACCAGCAAGGUGAACGCGCGCAUUCUCAGCAGCAUCCCCAACAGCAAGCUGGGCAACAUCUUUCUCUUUAUGGACCUUCACGUGCAGUCGCUGCUGCAGUACCUCGAAGGACCCUGCACCCGCAUGGAGCUGUAUGCAGAGCAGGCGCUAUUGGAGGGCAUCAAGACGCAUCUGGACCUAUCUCAGCCGUUCAUGUUCGCCUCAGCUGAUCUCGGCCGUCCACUGUGGGUGGAGAGCUUUGCGCGCAAGUUCAAUGUGGAUGUGGCCUUCGUGAGGAAGUCAAGGCACAUGCAGGAGACAUCGGUGCUAGGAGUGGUGGGCGAGGUGACUGGCAAGCAUGUGAUUAUAUACGAUGAUAUGACACGCACUGGAGGCACGCUGGUGAAGGCAGCAGAUGCAUACAUGGCCAGAGGAGCCAGUCGAGUCAGCGCUGUUCUCAGCCACUUCGCAUUGGCAUCAGAGGAGGUAAUUCGCAUGCUAGAGGAGAGCUGCAUCAGUGUCAUCAUCUCCACUAACAGCCACCCUAUGAGCAUGCAUCCAUCUGUGGCAGGAUCAAAGCCCAGCAAGUUCCGCAUCUUGGAUGUGUCACCAAUCUUUAGAGAGGCGAUUUUGAAGCUUAUGCAUGAAUAG